UUAAAGCAACGCGCUUUUCAAAUAACGCGCCAUAUAGACAUACAAGCUACAUACACACAAUGUUCUUGGAAGUCUGUGUAGCAGACUAAGCAAUAAACAGUGCUGAGUCCGGCCGAAAGGGAUCCGCUCUUUAACAUUACCAACGACAUUGCAGUACUCAAGUAUUAAUGCGCGUGCUGGUCUGGCGGAGCCUCCUGUGAAAAGACAAACAGGUCUGUACUCUAUAAAUGCGUAAUGAAGCCGGGAAUACAAGUCCUUACUUUGCUCUGGAGGAGACGUACCCGCUCGUUUUGUCUUAAAUAAAUAUAUAGUUUUACGAAUAUAUAUAUAUGAGAAUGGGAACUUUUUGCCUCCGUUCGUCAUAACGAAGACUGUCCUGUUGUAGCCAAGUGGAUUAUAUGGACGAUUUUUGGAUUUUUCUGGGAAUUCGACACUCUGGUUUUGAAGCAGCAUUUUUUUUCUUUACCUCCUUAAAUGAUUCUCAUUCUUAAAUGAGAACAUUUUCCUCUGAUGAAAUAAUGGACGCUCAAACAGUCUCCAAGGAAUGUCAAACGCUCCCUGGUAAAUGGCUGCCACAUGGAGCCCAGUGAUGUUGGCCAUGUAUAACUGCAACUCCUCCAGCCUCGCCCCCCUCACCCCCAUCUCCAAUCAGAGCCAGACUGGCAGCAUGGCUGUUGUGGCCCAGCUGGACAACUCGACUUCAGAGAAGUCUCCAUCCAGCAGCCCCAUGGCAGCCGGGCUCUCCAUGACCCUGGGUAUCCUGUCCAACAUUGUGGCCCUGAUCAUUCUGGCCAAGGCCUACAGCCGCCUACGCCGCCGCUCGAAGGCUGCUUUCCUCCUCUCUGCCAGCUCCCUGGUGGCCACCGACUUUGCGGGCCACAUUAUCCCAGGUGCCCUGGUGCUGAGGCUGUACAUGGAGGGGGCAAGGGACUCACCUCAGGAAGCCUCUGAAGCCUCCUGCCAGUUUCUGGGGGGUUGCAUGGUGUUCUUCGGCCUUUGCCCGCUCUUCCUGGGCUGUGCCAUGGCGGCCGAGCGGUGCUUGGGGGUGACGCGGCCCCUGCUUCAUGCCUCGUUGGUCACCACAGCUAGGACAAAGCUCUCCCUGUCAGCCAUCCUGCUCGUGGCUCUGUGUGUGGCCCUGCUGCCCUCCUUCCGGCUGGGGGCCUACACCUAUCAGUUUCCUGGGACCUGGUGCUUCAUCCGAGUCCUGGACAACAUUCAGGCCACGGACAUGGCCUUUGUCUUGCUCUUCUCCGGACUGGGCUUGGCCUCCCUUGCUGUCGCGCUGGUCUGUAACACCAUCAGUGGACUCACGCUUGUGCUGGCGAGGCUGCGCAAAAGACCCUGCAACCGCCGCUCCGCCAAGUCCCACGACAUCGAGAUGGUGGUGCAGCUGGUCGGCAUCAUGGUUACCUCCUGCAUCUGCUGGAGCCCCCUGCUGAUAUUUGGCCUGAUGUCAGCGAUGCAGUCCUACAGCAACUCGCUGGGUGGGGACCUGCACACCUACAAGAGGCUGAUGGUGAUGGGUGUUCGUCUGGCAACCUGGAACCAGAUCCUGGACCCCUGGGUGUACAUCCUGCUCCGCCGAGCCGUUCUGAGGAAGAUCUACCUCAUCACCAAGGGGCAGACAGACUUGAAGGCCGGAACCUUCCGCCAAUGGGAGGUCAGCUCCUUCCAGAGCUCAGAGAAGAAUGCCAGCCACUGCAUCUGA